AUGGCCCGGCCAACUCCCAGUUCGUACAAAGAUUUUACCUCAUAUCGAUCCAAAUUGAACCCCUCACUGUCUGGCCUCAACCAGUAUUUGAAUCGGGAAACUGUGGCCGUGAGCGCGGUCACAGUCUUAGAAUUCGGGGAGCAUGGGGCAACAUCUCAACAUAAAAUGGCAGAAGGAGCCGAUUUAUCUCAUUUGACUGCUGCGAGCUCCUCGGUUUCCACGAGAAUCAUCCUUAUCGAAGACAUCAGCCCACGACUAAUUAGCAGCGUGGGUGCAGCAUUUGAUAUUGACCCUUCCUUUUUUGCUGGCUACAUCAGCACGUAUUUUGAGGCUAUUGAGACUAAACCGCCAACGCCCUCACUUGCAACACUCCCAUCUGUCACUGCUGAAAGGGGCUAUCUUCAUCUUCAUUAUCAUCGUGUCAUGGAUUUGGGGAGUGCAGAGAGCUUUACUACUGAUACACCUUAUGCGUUGAACAGCGAUGGAAAUGUUGCUCGAAAUGUCAGACGACUCCCACCUUUGUCGGGAAGACAACUCGCUCUUGCCCGCGCGUGCUUGUUUCUGGUUGAUGCGCCGAUUAAUGUUGUCCUUGAAACCGGGAAAUUAAAUAACCGCUAUGAUGUCAAACCCUUACAUGGUGGCUACGAGGACUUUAACCCAUCGCCAACAUUCUCAUCAUUCUCACUUGGUAUAGAAAAGGACCUAGACUGCAAUCGGUCAAUGGCUGGCGGCAUACUCCGCCAUUUCAUGAUACCUCCGGUGUUCUCACCAGUCUCACCCCAAAUCCUUAGCAUUAGCUACUACGCUCUCCGAGUGAGUCUUUCUGAAUGGCUGCUCUACACGCUCCUCAUAAGUCGAUACUGUAAGCACUAUGAGUACUCCCUCAACGACAUCUCCACAAGGCUCCAUGACAAUGAUAUCAUUGAUCUACAACGUUGGCGACGUCGAACCAAACAGAGCCUCCAAAAAUUGGCAAUCCUCGCGCACUUCGUCGAGUACUGGGGGCAGGGGCUCGACAAACAGGCCGGGGAUAUGAUGCUGAAUGACAUACAGUAUAUUCAAAAGCAAUUGGAUGACUACAGUCGGUCACUCGAGCAGAUGCUCGCGGUAGCAACCUCCAUGGUACAGCUCCUCGACUCACGCCGCUCGAUUCUGGAGGCUGUGAGUGUCAGGCGACUAACGUACAUUGCACUUGUUUUUGUGCCAUUGUCCUGGGUUUCAAGCCUGUUUAGCAUGUCGGACACCUACUUGCCCGGGCAUGGCCGGUUCUGGUACCAAUCGCGAAUCCUACGCAACUUCUCCUUGUCAUCGCUUUGGAAUCAUCGAAUCGCGCAUCAAACCCGUCAAAUUACGACGUCGCCAAAACCCAGCGACCCGGUCACGUCAAUCAGCGAAAUCAGGCAACGUUGUGGGCUAAUGUUCAACAGAGAUGAUAUUCAGCGUGCUGUCGCCUGGGUUGGUGUUUUCGGUUCAUUCUCACGUUAUAAACAAACCCCAUUAAGCGAUGUCGAUCUACUCGUGGGUUUCAAAAAGGAGGCAUCCAAAGACGAUAUUUACUUUUUGGGAGAUUUGACAGGAGAGUUGGAAGGCGUGCUUGAAAGAGAUGUCGAUGUGCUCUAUAUGCAGUAUCAACAACCCUUAGACUUCAUCAGAUGCCAGGCUCUAGUCACUGGUAAAACAGUAUACGGCUCUUAUGAAUGGCUGCAAAACCACCAGCCUCUGGCGGAAAGACUGCUCUUUGACACACAAAGCAGAUUUGUCGAGGCUUUGCGUCUAAUGAAGAAAAUUGUCGAAAGCCUAGCGCCUCUUUCCGAAAAGGAAUUGUUUUCAUCUUCCUCUUUCUUUGCUGAUCUGAUCGGAAAUUUGGAGAAACUUCUUCAUCUACUCUACUCAGAAGACCAAGAUGCCGAAGGAAUAAAUAGCCAUUUCGAUGUCCUUUAUGAAUGGACGAAGCCGCUCCCUUCAAUCAUUCAGCGGUACCAAACAAGAGGCCUCCGUUCAUUUGAAAGAGAGAACCGAGAAUGCCUUUGGCAUCUUUUGACUACGGAUCUACCAGACCGCGCUCUGUCGCUGCAGAAGAUAUACCUGCCUAUUCUCCAGGAAGUCUUUGACACGAAAAAACUAGAAUUGGAUUAUAGCACGAUGGAAGAGAGUUGA